AUAUUUUCUCGCACGCCUUCCUAAAAAUCUAGGGCUUAUUUAAGGUGAGUGGGGACACCGAGUAUAACAGACUCAGCCUUCUCUCUCCUCUUCCGACCGAGCUGAGUUCUUAAGCUUCGGUUAAUCUUUCCGGCAGCAUCUCCGGCUGAGGUUGUUGAUGUAGCUGUACUGGAAGCACAUCUCCACGAGCAUAAACUAGGCAUCUCUUCAAAUUUUGACAAAGAGACCUGAAUAUGGCUGCAGCAGAAGAGAAUAGUACUCUCUUCCCAAUAUUUAUAUUGACACUAAUGGCUUUUCCUCUAGUACCGUACACAUUAAUCAAGUUAUUCCAUGCUGUUUCAAAGAAAACUACAAACAUUAACUGUCAGUGUUCAGUUUGUUUUCGGUCUGGGAAAUAUCGCAAAUCAAUCUUCAAGCGGAUUUCAAACUUUUCGACUUAUAGUAAUUUGACACUUGUACUCUUGUGGGUCAUCAUGGCAGUUUUGGCUUAUUACAUCAAACAUAUUAGCAGCGAGAUCCAAGUGUUUGAGCCAUUCAAUAUUCUGGGACUGGAAGCUGGAGCUUCUGAUUCUGAAAUUAAGAAGGCAUAUAGGAGACUUUCCAUUCAGUACCAUCCUGAUAAAAAUCCAGAUCCAGAGGCACAUAAAUAUUUCGUGGAUUACAUUUCAAAGGCUUAUCAAGCUUUAACAGACCCAGUAUCACGUGAGAACUUUGAAAAGUAUGGUCAUCCUGAUGGAAGGCAGGGUCUUCAAAUGGGCAUAGCCCUUCCUAAAUUCCUGCUAGACAUUGACGGAUCAUCUGGUGGAAUACUUUUGCUUGGCAUAGUUGGAGUUUGCAUCAUUUUGCCUUUGAUGAUUGCUGUCAUAUAUUUAUCAAGAUCUGCAAAAUAUACUGGAAACUAUGUGAUGCACUCAACGAUCUAUGCAUAUUACAUCAGCAUGAAGCCGUCUUUAGCUCCAAGUAAAGUCUUGGAUCUCUUCGUGAAGGCUACUGAGUACAGGGACACUCCUGUCCAUCGGAUUGAUGAAGAGCCUCUUCAGAAACUUUUUGUAUUAGUCAGGAGUGAGUUGAAUUUAGACGUGAAGAACAUCCGCCAAGAACAAGCAAAGUUCUUUAAGCAACAUCCUGGCUAUGUGAAGUCUGAAUUAUUGAUUCAAGCUCAUUUAACUCGUGAAACAUCAGAUUUAUCUCCAAACUUGCAACGUGAUUUGAAACGGGUGCUUGAACUUGCUCCUCGUCUUCUUGAAGAAUUGAUGAAGAUGACACUCAUACCUCGCACUGCACAGGGGCAUGGAUGGCUGAGACCCGCAACUGGCGUAGUUGAACUGUCCCAGUGUAUCGUUCAGGCAGUUCCAUUAAGCGCAAGAAAAGCAACUGGAUCUAGUGAGGGCUAUGCACCUUUUCUGCAGCUGCCACAUUUCAGUGAGACAGUGGUGAAAAAGAUUGCAAGAAAGAAAAUUCGCACAUUUCAAGACUUCCGAGAUAUGAAACUGGAAGAGCGUGCGGAGCUUCUCAGUCAGGUUGCUGGGUUCUCUGCUUUGGAAUCAGAAGAUGUGGAGAAGGUUCUUCAAAUGAUGCCUUCAAUUUCACUUGAUAUCUCGUGUGAGACUGAAGGUGAAGAGGGGAUACAAGAGGGUGACAUAGUCACACUGCAUGCUUGGAUCACUCUUGAGCGUGGCAAUGGUUUGAUUCGUGCCCUUCCACAUGCUCCAUAUUUUCCCUGCGACAAAGAGGAGAAUUUCUGGUUGCUGCUUGCGGACUCUCUGUCAAAUGAUGUCUGGAUAUCCCAGAGGGUCAACUUUAUGGAUGAAGCUACAGCCAUCAUUGCUGCAUCAAAAGCAAUUCAAGAGUUGAAAGAAGGCUCCGGUGCUAGUGCAAGGGAUGUAAAAGCAACUGUUAAAGAAGCAAUUGCUAAGGUUAAAAAGGGAUCUAGGCUAGUAAUGGGCAAGUUCCAAGCUCCAGCUGAGGGAAACUACAACUUGACUUCUCUUUGCUUGUGCGACUCCUGGAUUGGCUGUGAUGUGAAGUCAAAUCUGAAGUUGAAGGUUUUGAAACGCAGCAGGGCAGGUACAAGGGGCGUUGUCUCAACGGAUGAGGUACCGACGGUGGAGGAUGGAAUUGAGGAGGAAGAUGAGGAGGAAGAAGAAGAAUAUGAUGAUUAUGAGAGUGAGUAUAGUGAAGACGAAGAGGACGUGAAAGACACAAAGAGCAGAGGGGCUGUAGCCAAUGGUUCUGCUCACAGUAAAAGUAAUGGUUCAAGCUCUGAUAGUUCAGGAAGUGAGGAAGAUUAGACGCCUUACAUUUUUUUCAUCAUAUCUGUUCUCUCCAGCAUCUUGUUUUUCCUCUUCAUUUACAGUUUUGUCUUUUAAUUUUUUGAGAGAGGGGGGAAUUUUCGUGCUACAAUCUUAAAUUUUCCAGUUGUUACGUUUCACCAGUACUUGAACCUCCUGGAAAAGAAGAAAUAUGCAUAAUUUGUACCUCAAAAUUGCUAAUUGCCCAUUUUAUGAACUCAAAUUCUUAAAUGAACGUGUUAAUUGCAUAAUUUGCC